CUCCUCCCCACCCCCCACUCCCCACCCAACCCUCACCUCAUCUCUCGACCAAACCAUACACACCAUGUCGAAGCAGUGCUACGCCACAACCUCCCCCUUCGAGGCCCUCAUCGGCUACUACCGUGCCGUCCGCCACGGCCAACACAUCUUCGUCUCCGGCACAACCGCCGUCGACCCCACCCAAAGCAUCCCGCAGAUUCUCUUCCCGGGCGACGCAAAGCAACAAACCCGCGUGGCGCUGGAAGAAUGCAUCAAAGCCGUCAAGGCCAUGGGCGGACGCGGGCCCGAAGACAUCGUGCGCGUGAAGAUGUUCGUCAGUCGGCAUGAGGACUGUCAGGCUGUUGGAGAGGGGUUCAAGGAGGUCCUGGGCAAGGAGAAUGCUAGCGGGAGCGACACUCCGAUUGGUGCGGCCGCGACCAUGAUUGUGGUGCACAACGGAUUCAUCGACCCCAACAUGCUGGUCGAGAUCGAGGUGGAUGCUAUUGCGGCGGAGUAGUUGGUGUAAUUGGAGGGCUGUAUUGGAUGCAUAGCGCGUCUGUCGUGCAAGGCUGCGGAAAGCCAGGGAUCGUUGUAUCGUCAUGGAAGUGUAUAUACAAGCCGAACAGGCUGUGGCGGAACGUCCGGGAUCAUUGUAUCAUCAUUAGAAAUUUAUGUAUGCUAAGAAGACUCAAAUCGAAACACUGG